AUGAUCGAUACAAUUUUUAAUAACAUUAACUCAUGGAACUUUUCAGAUGAGAAACAUGCGAAUAAUACAAUCCAUCAGUUAGGUCCUGUAUCUUCAGAGGAUUCAAAUUUCGCCUUGGAAUCUUCUUUAUGGAUGGAACCAUUAGAGACUAUAAUAUCUGAUACAGUUUCUAGCUCAAGGUCAGUAUCUCCAGUGAGCUCGUCUGAUACCGUUCCAUUGUUUGCCCAAGUUGAUAGUUUGAGAACAAAGGAAGACAGGUUUGCUAUCAAACAAGAAAACUAUGAAAACAUUAUAGUCCCUCCAGUCCUUUUGAAAUCUACGUCGCCAAUAACUGCUAAGAAAAGAGCACCAAGGAAAAGACUAACGACACAUCAAAAGCAAGCACACAAUAAAAUAGAAAAAAGGUAUAGAGUAAAUAUAAAUACCAAGAUUGCAAAGCUGCAACAAACUAUCCCAUGGGUUACUAGUGAUCAAACCGCAUUCGAAGUGUCAGAGUCAUUAAAAAAAAAUUGGCCAGGAAAUAACGUGCAGAAAAGCAAAAUAUCAAAUGUUGCAUUGCCUGUACCAAGCUCCAUGAUAAUACCACCAACAACAAGGUUAAACAAGAGCAUUAUUUUGGAAAAGGCGGUCGAAUAUAUUGAAUACCUUCAAAAUAAUGAGGUUCUUUAUGAACAGGAAGUUCAAAGGUUAAGAUCGGAGCUGGACUCAGAGAAAAAGAAAAACCAAACCUACAAGGCAGAGGGAAGGUAG